AUGAUUACGGACGAAAGCUUUGCACCUUUUCGCCGGAAUCGAACGAGAUUGCCUCGGAAACAGCGUCAGCUUGAAUGUUCCAGUAAAGCCAAUCGACAGCUGGUCAAGCGGAAUCCGGCGUCGUCUUCUGGUGGAACCGAGCUUCGAAUCACUUCAGCAAACACUUUCACUCGAAAUGGAAGUGAGCUCAACAACAAUUAUGAAACAAAAGAGUCCUCGAAACCCAACUUUUCUUCAUAUCCAACCAUGUUGUCAACGCCGGAGGCAUCGUUGUUUCUCAGGCCACCCGGCCACUCAAGUUGGUACGUGAGAGAGACUAAACAACAUUCAAUUUAA